AUGUCCAACAGCCUAGAAGCAAAGAUCGUGGUCCUCGGUAGCCAAGGAGUUGGAAAAACUUCUCUCGUCCACCGAUAUGUCAAGAACGCUUUUACACCUCCCACAACACAGUCCACCGUGGGUGCUUCCUUCUUGACAAAGAGGGUUGUGGAUAUCGACACCUCCACAGUGGUUCGAUUACAGAUAUGGGAUACCGCAGGCCAGGAGCGCUUCCGGUCCAUAUCUAAGCUGUAUUAUAGGGGCGCAAAUGCUGCAGUACUAUGUUACGACAUCACCGAUCCAUAUUCGUUCGAGGAGAUGGGCCGCUGGUUCAAGGAACUCAAGACAAACCUUGGAGAGGACGUGAUCCUCCAUGUGGUAGGAACGAAGUCAGACGUCGUAGCCGAAGACCCUACCAAGCGAAAAGUGCCCUUUGAGCGCUGCAUCGCAUACGUCGCCGAGAACCUCCACCCCACACAGAACGGACAACCACACAGUGCUGCAGCAAGCGGUUGGGGCUCUGUACCGGCAGCCUUCCACAGCGGUAUGGCGUCGCCACAGAGCAACCGAUCGAGCGGCUUCUGGGGACAAGACCUGGGUUGGGACUGUUGCCACGAGAUCAGCGCCAAAGAUGGCGAGGGUGUAGACGAAGUCUUUCGCGUCAUCACCCGCAAGCUCGUGGAACAGCAGCAGAAGAAGCUCGAGGAAGAACAACGGCAGUACGCCAUGGCUGGUGUCACACCUGCCAUGGAUAACAACGGCAAUGUCGCUGGAUACUUCGAUUACCCUGGAACGGGUAAUGGAAGCUUCCGCUUAGGCACCGGCGACAAGAGGCGAAGCUGGCUGGGCUUCCCUACUACCCCCAACGUCGCUGGACACCAGCAAGAUUGGGAAGAAGAUAUCAACCGGGCGCAGAAGAGCAAGAGUGGCAGGUCACCGAUAGGACGCUUGAAGGGCCGGAUAGUAAACUACCGUAAGAGGCUUAGUCAACGCAGGAAGCCUUCUGAUAUCGAAGACCCGCUCGCACCGUACCCGAUAUCCAUGGACGACUUCCCUAGAGGAUAUCCAAGCCUGGCAGCGUUUCAAUCCAGUAAACCGGAUUUCUCCAUCUACCGAGCUUUCAACUAUCUCCACUCGCGUGUUAUAUUGGAGCUACAAGAUCAACUCUGUGUGCAUGAAGACGACCUUGCACUAUUGGAUGAAUUCGAUGCGAUGUCUGAAGAUCAGCAGCAAAGAAAUCGAGUCAGUUCCCGCCGUGCGGACGCAGACGCAGCUCGCCUAGAGCACCAAAAUCGUGAGGACCUCACAGACAUCGGCCGGUCUGUCAAUGCAGGAGAAACCCAGAUUGGGGUUCAACCUGGCGAUAUACCUAGCAAUAAAACAAUGUGCCAAUCCAGUCUCAGCGAACGCGCCAGCCUGCUUGCAGAGAUCCACAGAAAACUCGUGCAAUACGACGACAUUCUGACCAAAUCACGCGAGCUUGCCGAAUUCCAGCGACCAAGCGAACGCGAACGUAGCUACCUCUGCUUUUGGGACUGGAACACUAAGCCUUUGCCAGACGAGGAGCAGAAGUUCAUGACGAUGCGAGACGAUCUCGUCAUCUUGAAGCCGAGGCGUGAUUCUAGUAAUAUCGACGAAUGGAUCGAGAGAAUCAUGGAUAAGAUGCCCGUACGUGCCGUUGCUAUGUCGGAAAAAUGGCUGACGACCUCGUACAAGUACUUUGUCAAAACCGGAACGGACCGUGAACGACGGGGGGAACCACGGUUCUACCACAUCACCCGAAUCCAGCGCCUUGCCGUCCUCAUAAUCGUCACAGUCAUCAUCCUCCUCCUGGCUGCACCUGUCUUCAUCAUGUAUCGUGUAACAUGGGACAGCAGUCGCUCCAGCACGUUCCUCAACAUAGGGCUCAUGAUCGUCUUUUCGCUGUUGUUCUCCGCAUCGAUGGGUCUUCUUACCAAGGCCAAGCGAGCCGAGCUUUUCGCUGCGACUGCAGCAUACUGUGCUGUUCUGAUUGUGUUUAUUGGGAACUUCAGUAGUAACGCGACGUAG